CCCAGGCGUGUAUAAAGACGCUUCCUGUGCUCUCAAAGGAAACACACUUUGAAACAUUCAUGGCUUGACGUCGAAUUAAAAUACACAAAGCAAAUAAACAGCAACCCCAAGAUGAACUACGUGCCAGGGACGGCAAGCCUUAUUGACGACAUCGACAAGAAGCACCUGGUGCUGCUCCGAGAUGGAAGGACGCUAAUCGGUUACCUAAGGAGCAUUGAUCAGUUUGCCAACUUAGUUUUCCAUCAGACUGUUGAGCGCAUCCAUGUGGGGAAAAAAUUUGGUGACAUCCCUAGAGGAAUAUUCAUCGUGAGAGGAGAGAAUGUGGUACUGCUUGGAGAGAUAGAUGUGGAUAAGCCCUGCGAUGCUCUCCUGCAGCAGGUUUCCAUUGAAGAGAUCCUAGAGGAGCAACGGUUGGAGCAGCAAGCCAAACAGGAGACAGAGAAAGUGAAAAUGCAGGUGCUGAAGGACCGAGGCCUCUCCAUCCCCAAAGCUGACAACUUAGACGAAUACUAACACCGUGAGGCCUCAGUUUGCAAUGGACUGGGAUGCUUCAUGUUGAAUUUGAGUUUGAGAGAGCAUGAGUUUGUUUUAUUUGUUUUAUUUUUUUAUGAGUAAAAGGCUGCAUCAUGCUGGGCCUGUAUACUGUAAUAUACUGUAUGACUUUUAUUUGAACUUCCUGGGGAAAAAUAAUAUGAAAGCUGCUCUCAGUUCUGCAGAUAAUGACAGCGAAAAGAAAGGAAAUCAUGUGUUUGUAUGAGAUCAAUCAACUUAGCAUUUAUUUUACAGCAGCACUUUCUUCUGUGUCACUGACACGGUUGGUAUUUUUAUUUGGGGAUAUGUGAGCCUGCUAUUGAAAAUAACUUCUUGCUAUGCUCCAUUAAAGAGUUUAGUUUUUCAUUAUGGAAGGGCGUCCACUACCUGACAGCUGUGUGUUGUUUACAUGAGUUUAUGUUGGAUGCUUACUAAGACAUUAAAGGCUGGAAUAUUUGGUUAAA